GCUCGGGGCAUCACAAGGAAGCCAAAUUGGAGGUGAUGCCAGAUCAGGAGCUGAACGUACUUCAAUUGCUGCCUGAGAAACCCAAGCGUGGAAUGACCAGAGAUGAUUCCUUGCAAGGGAUCUCCAGCCACUCAGAAGGCAACCUUCCGGUACAAGACAGCCCUUCAAGUUCGGGCGCUGAUGCCGGCAAAGGCUCAAGCUCGACGAAGGCAAAUCCUGUGUCGCCCACGCCGCAAGAACCCAUCUCUCCCCUGCUGGACAAAUUCGACCUGCGUCGAUUUCACCAGCGCAUCGGCAUCGUGUUGAUUGGGCGAUCUGGACCUGGCGUGAACAAUGUCCUCAUGGGCCUCUUUGACUAUCUGCAGGUCUGGAGUGGCACCGUGGUUUGCAUCACCAUGGGCCUCGCUGGGCUUGUCAACGGCUACUCCUUCGAGCUCACCGAGGAGUUGCUGGCUCCGCACCGGAACCAGGGAGGCUGCGACCUGCUGGGUCAGAGCCAGCCCGAGGACAUCGCAAAGCUGGGUGGCGAGCUGCAAUCUUGUGCCAGCACCUGCCGGCGGCUGAAGCUGGAUGGACUUGUGGUUUGGGGAGGUCGAAAUGUCCACUCCUGGACAGCCCGCCUUGCUGAGUACUUCGCCGAGCACAAGGCUAGGACCUGCGUUGUUGGUGUGCCGGCCAGCGUGCAGUCCGACCUGCCAUUGAUCGAGCAGACCCUGGGUUACGACACUGUCUGCAAGCUCUACUCGUCCAUCGUGGGCAAUCUGGCCAUCAAGGCUGCUUCGUCGGGAUCGAUUUGGUGCUUCGUGCGGAUUCCCGGGCGGUCGAUCUCCCACAUCGCGGCCGAGGUAGCACUGCUUACUCAUCCGCAUGUGGUGUUGAUGUCUUCAGAUACGGGAAAUGAACAGCUGGGCCUGACGGACGUGACGCAAAUGAUCUGCAAUGUUAUUGAGAUCCGGAGCAAGGAGGGCAACAACAAUGGUGUGGUCCUGGUCCCGGAUCAGCUCCUGGCAUCAGUGUUUGAGAUGAAACAGCUUUUCCGGGAGAUCUACGAGAUCUACACCGCAUGCCCUGAGUGCUUUGCCAACCUGAAUACCAAUGGCAUCAUUGACAUGCCUGUCGUUCAGCAUCUCUUGCCCCCUCUCACCGCGGCUCUGUUCAAGUCGAUGCCCGAGCGAGUUCGGGUGCAGAUUUGCCGCGUGGUGGUCGAGGGCGAGUUCUGUCGUGGAGGCAAUAUUGAUCUUGGCACUGUCGAGACGGAGGUCAUCUUCAAAAGCAUGGUGGAGAGCGAGCUCACACGACGCGUGGUCAUGGGCAAGUUCAGGGGCCCCUUCCAGGCAAUUACGUAUUCCCUGCCAUACCAAGCACGUGCAGCACUUCCAAGCAACUUCGACUGUGAUCUCGGAUACACGAUCGGCUACACGGCAGGAACCUUCGUCACGCAGGAGCGGACCGGCGUCUUGGUGGAUGUGACGAAGCUCAAGGAAGACGUCAAGCACUGGGAGGUGUUCGGCACACCCAUCUCGUCGCUCCUCACUUUCCAUGCCAGGGGCCUGUGCUCCGGUCCACUGUCAAACUGCUUCCCACCAGAUGCCUUUGCACACCAGAACUGA